AUGAGGAAGACACUACUUCUUGCUCUCACCUUCUCAGGGGUUUAUGUUCUGUCUACAAACCUUUUCCGAGAGUACCACUAUGUGAACAGCCCAAAGACGUGGGCUGAAGCUCAGCAGUACUGCAGAGAGGUGUACGGUGACCUGGCCACCAUAGACAGCCCAGAAGAAAAUGACAGGUUGUUCCUUGCCCUAUCAGAACCUGGAAAGUUUGCUUGGAUUGGGCUUUAUGAUAACACGACGGGCUGGAAAUGGACUAUGGGAGCUGAUGACUUGGCCAGUACAAACGGUUUCCCACCCUGGCAACCAAAUCAGCCUGACAACAAAGACGGCAAGCAGAGCUGCAUAGUUAUGAACUUGACAGGGGGCUGGCGGGAUGAAAUCUGUGACACAGAGCGCCCUUUUAUCUGCUUUGAUGAACAAGACGCUUCUAAAUACAUCGUAGUGCAAACAUUCAUGUUUUGGGAAGAUGCUAAGAACUACUGUCGGUCCAAACACACAGACCUGGUCAGAAGACCUCUGGGCUAA